AUCAUCAUACACUACUUCAACCACUCGAUCAUCUACAAUAUACAAACAUCUUUUAUCUUUAACAAUGGAUUCCAUCAAGAAUACCGUCAACCAAGCUACCGAGAAGGUCCAGGAGGGUCUCUCCGGCACAAGCAAGGAGGCCAACAAGGAGGUUGCCAAGGACUCCAACGCCGGCAUUGGCACUCGCGCUUCCGCCGCCAAGGACGCCGCUUCCGACAAGAUUGACGAGUCCACCCACGGCGCCAAGAGCGAGGCCUACAAGCAGAACCCAUAAAUACUCUCAAGUAUUGAAUGAGGAAUGCUACGAUGGAACGAUUUCGAGGAGGAAAUGUACUGUCUCUCUUUUUAGAGAGUUACGGUACUAUCACCAUUGAGCAAUCAGAUACCCCAAUUUAGUAGCUCUUUAAUCAAUCUAUGAAACACCAAA